AGCAGAAUUCCUCAGUCAGCUCAGCUCUCUGAAGCGUGUGGACAGAUGGACUGAGGCUGGCUCCUGGCCAACACGCAUACCACGCCUUAAACAUGCUCGCCCUAAACAUGAUCAGGCAGAGUGGAUCACAUUCCUAACCUAUGCCUGUAGUCCAGCCUGUAUCUAUUCAUCUACCAGGUACACUGGACUUUGAACCGCAAUAUAGCAUAAGCUUGGUAUGUGGAGACUCCAUUUUAAUGACACGGGGCUAAAUGGUUUUGGUGAACUUACAAGGCACUCUGCUUCAUUGAUGUUUAACUGUCCUCAUUUUAACACGUACUUUUGUAUACCUCGCUCAUUCGAUGGACUCGUUAUUGUCGUCGGCACAGGGAUAAACGAGAACUUAAUUCGUACAACUCCUGAGAACAAAGGCAGGUCUUAUCCUGCUGCGAACAGAACGGAAGCGUACAGCAGGUUUGUCGGUUGCGCUUCCCGGAACCAAAGUCCUUAUUUGUGACACAAGCUCAGCCGCAGUGGAGAUUUCCGUGACCUUUGUCUCUCUCCCAGGUGGUAUAGAGUUCUGUUUACAUCGUGUUACUUUAACCGUGGCGUCGACUCAUUUAGCGUGUGUGUGUAGGCUAUUCAUGUGUGUCUACUUCUCAGUGUUUAUUUGUGUACUCCAGAAGUGGUGUAGACCAGACGCAGCAUGGCGUGGUAUCUAAACAGCUUAAAUCAGUCCUGAUGGAUUGUUUGUUGUAAAGGGUUGUCUCUGGCCGUUUUGUUUACACGCCUCUCAUGUAGACCCUGUGCUUGACGCUGUCAGCACGCCGCUAGCCGUCUCCUCUGAGGUAACCUAAAGUGUGUUCCAUUACGUACGUGUGGAACAGCCACAGCAGAGCGGGCGACUCCCGGUCAGGCCACGGUCGGAGCUACACAAGUGCCAUCGAGACCGCGUAGUGCAGACAUGGACAGGUCUAUGACUUUGACCCUUUCGUUGCCUUUGCACUACUUUUCAUUAUCAUUCAUAUAUUUAUCAAUUCCCGUUUUUUAUUCAUUCAAUUAAAUUAUUCCCGAUCUGCUCGUGUGUCCCAGUCGUAUAACCUGGUGCCUCUGGGGAGCUUGUGAUUUAGCCAGUGGUGAAUUGGAUCAAAGAGUGAAUUUAGUGAUUCAUUGUCUGUGUGGCUUGACUCUGGCUCUAUUUAGAGCCAAAAUGGUGACUCCUUUUCCUCAAAAAGGGAACAGAAACCUCCUACUGGAAACCGACAGGCAAAAUAUGGACACAGUGGAGCUGGAUAAGUUAACAUAUCAACAUUAACGUCAACCUGUCCUUUGGGCUACCUGUCCCAAAGCCCCCCCCACACAUUGCCAAACCAUCUCAGGGAGGGUUCAAGACCCUGGUGUGAAUGUGUAACGGGUGCAGGGCAACGGGUGCUGCUCUCAGCCCAGAGAGAAGCAGAUACCGUGGGGAAGGCAACGAGGGCAACUCCCUGGCGUAGGAUCUCCGCGAGAAUAUAAAGGGGAGGGGGGGUAACGAAUUCCUUUGGCAGUGAUGGAUGAGUUGGGGCCACGCGCACACGGACACAAGCGAGCACACAACAUCUGGAUGUACAGUCUUUGGACUUUCCCUGCAGCAUUACCAGCCAGUGAAGCAGAUGCACGUGGCUAUCUACUGGGACAAAGGCUUGGUGGUCUGCCUUACUAGCCCAGAUAAACGAGGACUGCCGUUUCUUUAUGACUUACACUAGCUUAAGCCUGAAGCACUCUUAACGAUUCUUUCAAGCCGCCAAUCAGUUGAAUUGAUCGUUUUGCACAUCUUCAUAGGACGGUGACCACAAUAAUAAUGAUGUAUGUCUAUGUACGUGUGUGUGUUUGAUAAUCCUCUCUUUGUGAAUCCAGACAAGUCCAGAAUCCCCCAGUGCGUCUCCCUGACCUGUUUUGUUCUCCUCUGGGCAAUGCGUCUGGUGGAUCACCGUAGCUCUGUAGUCUCCUAGCCUGUGGACCGCAGUAGGCUAACACCACUAUGCUCGGACUCCGAGUUAAACACGUCUUCUCUUCUGAGUGUCUGAGGAUGUCAUCUGCCCCACAGCUGGAGAACGGCAGGAGCACAUCAGCAUUCCAUCAGCUUCUGUCCUCAUUAAGCUGCCUAAUGGACAGAAUGAUCCUGGCUGUGCAGCAGGAUGAGAUAGUGUUGUCUGAGAGCAGAGGAGUCCAGGACCACCAUGCCCACUGGAAGUCCACACUCUGGCAAGACACUGUAGGACACACAGAUCGCAAUGGGAAACUCUGAGAGCCAGUACAGCCUUCAGGUGCCCAAGGGCACCAGCUUAAUCCUCCCCGGGAAACAAAAACCCUACUCACUAAAGUUCCGCUCAACCAAAGAGGAGGUUCUUUCCCCCCAUACGUGGUGGAAAGGUGGGCCAGGGGGCUCGGGUUACAAAGCCAGGGCUGUUGGCCGAGGCUGCCUCUCCCCCCAGCAGAGGAGAGGAGAGCCGUACGUCUCCAGACACUACGAUUAUGUCACCAAGGGGGUGAAGGGCAGUCCAAACUGCCGUCGUUGGCAUGACUCCCCACCAGGAGGCGGCUCACAACUCCCAUCUGAGAAUGGCUGCUGCCCAUUUGAAGGCAGUGGACGCCUGGACAGUAGAGUAUCAGGGGAGCUCAACGACCAUGCUCUGAACGGACACAGGAACCCAGAGAGGAUGCCAGGAGAGGGUGAGGAGGGGCUGGAGGAGCAAAGCAGUCCCAGGGUGGUCAUCAAGAAGGAUGGUAGUUUGAGGGUGGAGUUCACCAACACUAACAGUGGUCUGCUCCUGGACGAGGCCUCUGGGCCGGUGCAGCUGCUCAAAUUCUCCCCCACCCUAGAGUCCACCCCAAGCCUUCCUGGCAGCAGCAGGGGGCCUGAGGCCCACCACGGAGCUCCGCAGCCAGCCUCAACCUCCACCACCAGGACCAGCAAGGGCAGCUCGCUGAGCUCCGAGGGGUCCUGGUACGACUCGCCCUGGGGGCACAGUGCGGACCUCUGCGACCAGGACCAGUCCUGCUCUCCCAGUAGGACUAUGGGAAACAGUGGGGCUGACCAGUUGGAGGCCUUUGGCCAACAGUCUCCCCCAGUCUCCAUAUCAGAUCUCUACAGGGACCCUAGUAUGGCUGCCACCUUCCCCACCGCUAAGGACCUGUUGGCACAGUACAGGGAAUCCCCCCAUCACAUCCAGCACCGGGCCUCCUUUGUUUCGGCCCUGGACGUGCCUACUGAGGAGGAGUGUCCGGAGGCCAGGCAGUACUCGUCCUACACCCUGCCCUGCCGUAAGGCCCGGCCCAGCGGAGAGCGCUCCACCCUGAAGAAGGGCUCUGGCGCGGUCAGAAGUCGCAUGAGACGCCUCAGCGACUGGACUGGAAGUCUUAGCAGGAAGAAGCGGAAGACACAGGAGCCCCGGUAUAAGGAUGGCAGCGAGGUCUUUGACAGUGGAGUGGACGGCCUGACAGCUGACACCAGCUCUCCCUCCCAAGUAUCCAGCCUGUGGUACCCUGGCGGUGUGGGGGCCUCCCGGGCCCAGUCGGCAGGGGCCCUCCACCACAGCAACGAUGCCCUUCGUCAGAACAUCUAUGAGAACUUCAUGCGGGAGCUGGAGACAGGGACUGGACAGGGCAGUAGUGGAGGAGGGGGAGCUGGAGAAAGGAGAGACCCGUCUACGGGGACAGAAGAGGGGGAGAGCAGCAGUGAGUCUGCAGGGGGCUCUCUGGAGCAGCUGGACUUGCUGUUUGAGAAGGAGCAGGGGGUGGUACGCAGGGCCGGCUGGCUGUCCUUCAAACCCCUCCUCACCCUGCAUAAGGACAGGAAGCUGGAGAUGGUCACACGCAGGAAGUGGAAACAGUACUGGGUCACCCUGAAAGGUUGUACCUUGUUGUUCUAUGGGAAGGGUUCUCCAGAGCAGGAGCUGUCUCCGCGCUACGCCCUGUUCGCAGAGGACAGUAUCGUCCAGGCCGUUCCUGAGCACCCCAAGAAGGAGAACGUCUUCUGUCUCAGCAACAACUACGGCGAUGUCUACCUCUUCCAGGCCAGCAACCAGACAGACAUGGAGAACUGGGUGACAGCCAUCCACUCUGCCAGUGCCUCUCUGUUCGCUAAGCGCCACGGCAAGGAGGACACAGUACGUCUGCUGAAGAGCCAGAUCAGAGGCCUGCUGCAGAAGGUAGACAUGGACGGUAAGAUGAAGAAGAUGGCUGAGCUGCAGCUGUCCAUCGUCAGUGACCCUAAGAACAGGAAGGCCAUCGAGAACCAGAUCCAGCAGUGGGAGCAGAACCUGGAGAAGUUUAACAUGGACCUGUUCAGGAUGCGCUGUUACCUGGCCAGCCUGCAGGGCGGCGAACUGCCCAACCCCAAGAGCCUGUUAGCUGCAGCCAGCCGGCCCUCCAAGACUGCCCUGGGACGCCUGGGUAUCUUCUCUGUGUCCUCCUUCCACGCACUGAUCUGUUCCAGGGACGAGGCCACACUGAGGCGGCGCUCCGUGUCCCUGAGCCAGAGAUCACGUAACAAGAGAGGCCUCUUCUCCUCCCUCAAAGGCCUCGACAACUUCACCAAGAAGGGCCGCGACAAGAGGCCGUCUACAGAACAAAUCUUUGAAAGUGAUGAAGGAGGACAGGCCUACUGUCUCCCACACACUAGUUCUGAGAGACUGGACAGCUUGGCCAACCACUACUCUCUGGCUCCCCCUGAGGGUGGCCUGUGGGAGAGCAGUGGAGAAACACUGACCUGUGUGUACAUGCCCGACAGCCACGCCAUCCAAGUGCCUAUGAGACGAGACCAUACAGUGGCUGAUGUCGUCUCCCUAGCCUGCAAGUUGAGUCAGCUGGACCCUAGCCUGCACUGUCUCAGACUACACAGAUGCUUGGCCCAGAACGUAGAGGUCCGCACCCCUGCACCCAGCGAACUACUACAUGACCUGUUGUAUGACGAGCUUGAGGUGUUCCUGCUGAAUGUAUUCACCCUGCACAUGACCAGACCUGUCUGCACUGGGGACUUUGGCUUUGCUGUGACAGGGCACAUAGACGGACAGAGAAACAGCCGCAUCUUUGUCAGUGAGGUGCUGUCUGAUGGACUGGCCUUCAGUGAAGGGCUGAGACCAGAUGAUGAGAUUGUGGUUCUGAACGGUCGAGGUGUGUCCACUCUGGACCUGGGUCUGAUCCAGAUGUUGUUUUCGGAGCAGACCCUCCAGCUGACCCUCAGACGGGAAGCCCCGUCCUCCUCACCCCUGACCUCUGGUCCCUCGACCCCGACCCCACUUCCCAACCAAUCACAGCUGCUGCAGGACUUCCUGGACACACACCACCGCGCCAAGUCCACCACAGAUGUGUCCUUGGUGCCAGAGGUCCCUGGUGAGUCCCUAGGCUCUGGGCUGGAGAAUAGUCUCCAGCACUCCCUCCACAGGGCCGUACAACACAGCAAGAGCGUGGAGACGCUGUACCACACCUUCCAAGAGGGCUCCGAGGGCCUGAUGGAGGGCCACAAAGACCCCCCGAACCCAGGGGCCGAGCCCACCCUGCUCAGAACCUGCCCCAGACACAUGAGCGCCACCGAGAGGCUCAGCAAGGUCAUCCAGGAGCUGGUGGACACAGAGAAGUCCUACGUCAAGGACCUGAGUUGCCUCUUUGAGAUAUACCUGAAGCCCUUGCAGAAUGAGACCUUCCUCACUCUGGAUGAGAUGGAUAGUCUGUUUGGCAGCCUGCCAGAGAUGCUGGACUUCCAGAGGGUGUUCCUGCAGACGCUGGAGGAGAGGAUUGCCUCUUCACCUGACUUCCGAACGCUGGAGACCCCUGAGCAGUUUAAGAAGCUUCUCUUCUCUCUGGGUGGAUCCUUCCUGUACUACGCAGAUCACUUCAAGCUCUACAGCGGUUUCUGUGCCAACCACAUCAAAGUCCAGAAAGUCCUGGAGAGAGCGAAGACUGACCUGGCCUUUAAGGAGUUUCUGGAUGCGAGGAACCCAACGAAGCAGCACUCGUCAACCCUGGAGUCCUACCUGAUCAAGCCAGUCCAGAGAGUGUUGAAGUACCCUCUACUGCUCCGAGAGCUAGUGUCCCUUACUGACACAGACAGCGAGGAGCACUACCACCUCACAGAGGCCCUGAAGGCCAUGGAGAGGGUGGCCAGCCACAUCAAUGAGAUGCAGAAGAUCUAUGAGGACUAUGGGUCUGUGUUUGACCAGCUGGUGGCAGAGCAGAGUGGCCCUGAGAAGGAGGUCACAGAGCUUUCCAUGGGAGAAUUCCUCAUGCAUUCCUCUGUCGUCUGGCUCAACCCCCAUCUCUCGCUGGGCCGCAUGAGAAAGGACCCCGACCUGACCGUGUUUGUGUUCAAGAAGGCGGUGAUACUUGUCUAUAGGGAGAGCAACAAGCUCAAGAAGAAGAUGACCGCCCCUCGCUUGGCGCACUCCCAUGGAGACCUAGACCCCUUCAAGUUCCGCUGGCUCAUCCCGCUCUCUGCGCUGCAGGUCCGACUAGGCAACACUACAGGAACUGAGACUACCUGCAUCUGGGAGCUGAUUCAUACCAAGUCUGAACUGGAGGGAAGGCCAGAGACUGUCUUCCAGCUGUGUAGCAGUGUCCCAGAGUGCAAAGUCAACAUUAUCAAGGUUAUCCGCUCCAUCCUCCGGGAAAACGUCAGGCGGAACAUGCGCCCGGCCGAGAGGGGGUGUAAGGAGCGCCUCACGCCUCUACGCAGCACCCUGCCCUCCUCUGCCAGGAUAGGUUCGACCAGAGCCACCUGGCUGUGUAAGCAGCCCAUGCUGGAUCUCCCCACCCCAACCAGCACACUGAAACCUGGCCAGCCUGACUCUGACGAGGGCAGCCUGAGCAGCGGCAACCACAGCUCCUCUGGCGCUCCCCCAGCCAACGGUCCAACACAGCCGAAGACACGGCCCACCCGACAGGCCUGGUCCCGGGGCUCCCUGGAUAGCCAGCGCUCCUCUGUCUCUAGCUCUGUGAAGGAGUCAGACAUCUUGAGCGAUGAGGACGAUGAUGAGUUCAGUGAGUCUGGGGGGCGGCAGGAGGGGCAAGGGAGCUCCCCGACGAGCGCCAUCGAGGCCCAGUUUCUCAGUCUGAGGCUGUCGGAGGAAGCAGCAUCCUCCCGGGCGCCGGCUCCCCGCGUGCAGCCAGAGGGAGCAGAGGUGGACACCCCGGAGAGCCCGCCCAAACUGGUUCAGGGCCACCUUUGCCCCGUGAAGAGGAAAGGAAGCAGCAGCCUGCGGCAUAGCCAGGGGGCGCUACUGAGCCUGAGGGAACACAGCUGUUCCCUGGACAGCCAGACAGACGUGGCAGCCAUGGACCUCAACGCUCUACUGGAGAGAGAGUUCAGUGUGCAGAGCCUCACCUCCGUGGUCAACGAAGACUGUUUCUACGACCCUACGGACUCCUCAGACACCACAGAUACCACAUACACUGGCAGUGCCCCCAACGCCUCGUAAGGUCAGGGAUGGACACAAGGAGAGGAAGAAGGACCAAACCUCUGCCCAGCCCCUGCUCCCUGCCUCAGGGCAUGGGCAAUCCCUGUUCUGUCCUAGUCCCAGGGUAUCACAGGGUUCUGUUGUGCCUCAGCUCUGAAGUUAAACUGUGUUCCUGUGAGCGAGUACAGUAGGCUGGUCGUUCCAUGAAAUGAGUCCUUUUGGGUAUGAUAACUUGGUGGUGGGGCGAUGUUUUAUUUCACCUAAUUUUAACAUUGUUAUGAAGAGCACAUGUUCAAAAAUGUACUAUAGUAAGUGCCAAAUAAAGUAACAGGGUUGACGAUUUCAUCUUAAAUCAGACAUAACUCCCCUUGUGACUGGGGAAAUGGCAGCAUGCUGUGUGCAACACAGAGGGACAAUUUGAAUGCAAGCUUCACAAAACAAAUGUCUAGCCUGUCUAUGAGUAACACUCGACCCACUCAGUUUCCCACCACAAAUCAAGUAGAACCAGCUCACCUGCUUUUACACUUUUAUUUGACUAUUAGAUGUUUCUUUUGUACAAACCUUUGACUGGUACUGUAUUUAAAAAGGAAUCGUUUCACCAUAUUAAAACGAGAGUUCACUUCAAGUAACCGGGUCGGUCUUAAAAUGAGGGACAGACGUAAAUGAAUCACUAAUCGCAUUAAAUAAUUCUCUUCAGAAAUGACUGUCAAAGCAACAAAAUAAGUAGGGCUUUACAAUGGUGGUGAAACUUGGAUAAAUGUAGUAGGUUAUCUUUCUAGAAGUCAUAUAUGGUACACAGAGGGACAUAUCAAAAUGCAUAUUUAUUGAAUGUUCCAUGUUGGACACUUCAUUUGAAACAACAGGAUUUUAAAAUAUCAAAGGGACGCAUUAUGUGGAACAACCAAGGCAGAUCCCACAGGUGUAAAAGGACAGAUGAGUUGGUUUUUCCCCCUAGAGAGAGACGAGGUGACUCUGUCCCUGAUAAUGACUGCAAUGAAUCUGCCAAGCACUGAUGCACAACGUAGCUCCGCCUCCAGCCAGCGCUCUACUGUAUAUGCCUCUCUGCCCAGCUCCCCUUCUCUAAGGGGCCAUCUCAAUUGGCUUCCUCCCCUCAUCUCCUUGAUAUAGGAGAGGUGAGUAUAAUUUUGAUGGAUAGACUUUGCUCUCACCUGUCCACUUAAUUCACAUCAGUCAGAGGAAAGGAGAUGAGGAUGCCACUUGAGAUUCACCCUAAAAGCUUCACUUUAACUCAGACUUCCUGUAGGAAGUUAGGGCUCUAGUUCAAUCCGUAUCGCCGGAAGUUCAGCGAUUUAACUUUUUAAAGGGAAUGUUCCCGUGUUAGCGGAGACUGCAUUCUGGGUAAAUGUUGCGUAUGUCGGCUCAAUCGGAAAUUAAUCUUACGUUUCUAUCACUCCAGUCUGUGAUGCUUUAUCAAUAGACUGAACAAAGCCCUUCAUCUGAAUCAGCAGGAUAGGACAGGAUGAAUGGACAUAGAUUUUAUUGCGACUCUGCCUUGCUGUAUUUUGUGCACUAAAGUACACUGUUUGCCUAUAUUUGAAACAUCCUUUAUUUGUACAUCAUGGGAUUUUUGUUUGUUUUUAAGCAAUGUUUAUUUAUUGAUCUGCAAAAUAAAUAUGGGGUUAAGGCUUGAAUUGAAGAAAACGUUUUUUCGCCCAAUUAGAUUUAUUUUCAGUGUAUUGAAUGAGUAUGGUUGUCAUCCUCCUAAAGCGUAGCUUCUAAUGUGUACAGGCAUUGUCAAAUAAAACAGCAUGAUUUAAUUGAAACCAUGUGUUGUCAACUUGCCCCGUUUGCAGCUCCCAUACCCGAUACGUUUCUAUGUACAUAUUUUUCCAGAAUAGCUGUACUGUAAGGUAAUUUGUAUAUUUUAUAUUCUUACACAUACUUGACAUUUGUACAGGUAGAUACGGCUGUAAUUUGCAAUAAAUACAGUACCACAAGUAGUUUGGGUAUAUUUUUGUAAAGGUUUUUUUUUUUUUGCCGUUGCAUCUUGAAGCUGUUUGCCCUCGACUCCACUUUAAAGCUUGCAUACCAAUGAAUGUGAAAAGCCCCUUUUCUUAUGGAACUGUUUUAUAAAUAAACGUGAUCUGUGA